GUGAACCGACGGCGGCACCACAAUCGUUCGACGACGAGUUUGUCCAGCGACAUUCGCACGCAGUCGAGAAUAUCAUGGCGACGUCGCCGCGGAAAGAGCUCGUGUCCGUCGAGUCGCUCGAGGCCCCCGUCGAGUACUCGCGGUUCAGCUCGUCGUCGGCACUCAUCAACCACGACGACGAGUCGAAAGACGAAUCGUUCGACCGUACAAAGAAGGACCCGAUGCACUUUGCAGACACAGUCAACCUCCGCGACGUCGUCGAUGUCGAUUCUUUCGAGAGGGAGCAUCGCCGCAAGCAGGCUUGCUUGGAGUCCCGACGCUCCAAGUCCAUCCUGCUCUUUUGUCUCGCCGUGGUGAGCCUCGGCGGCGUCGUGGCGGCGAUCGUGGUUUUGUUUGGCAGCAAAGGCGACGUUGCAAAGAACUCGCUCGAGACUGGAUCCGAAGGAAGGGCAUCCGUCACGGCCAGCCCCACGGCAGAUCCAGGUCCGCCAAUCGCCACCAUUCCCGCUAUACCUUCCAACCCCGCACCAACCUCUGCCCCGCCCAGCACGUCGCAUGCUGCCACCCCCGCCCCGACUACAACGCGCGCCACCAUGUCGACAACGCCUCCCCCGACAACAACUUCGGCACAGCUUCCCCCUCAGCUGACCUCGAACCUCGGUCGCAUUCGGGACGGCACGAGUGGUACCUUGGCCACCGAAGUGACGAACCCGGCAUCCUUUCCCGAUCGAGGUUGCAAGCUGCCCGACUACCAAAGCCACGACGGCCAAGUAUUUGUACGCAACCGCGCAACCGGCAUCGAAACCCCCAUCGCGAUCAAAGGCAUCAACUGGUUCGGGAUGGACACUGCCGAGAACGUGCCGUUUGGGCUGUGGGCAAACGACCAGAACGGCACAAACAUCUACGAAGUCGUCGCGUUUCUCUCUCGGCACCACUUUAACAGCGUCCGGUUUCCAUUGAACGUGCGGGGCAUUCUCGCCAACGCGCCGACGAAUGCAAACCUUGUCAACACGUACUGGAACCCGAGUUUGGACUUGACGUCGUACCUGGGCACAGUCAGUUCCGUGGUGCGUGCGUUGGGGUCGAGAGGAAUCUCGGUCCUCCUCGACUUGCACUACCUGUCCCCGACCGACAAAGGCGAUGCCUGGUUCAGCGCGACGACUCCAGAAACCGACUCGCUCGCCGCCAUCGAUGCUUUAACUACCCGACUGUGCAACGACAUGCACUGGAACAUCCUCGGCCUUGACUUGAAGAACGAGCCGUGGGACACGACGUGGGGCGACAACGGCCCGCGGGAUUUUCGCGUUGGCGCAGCUACGCUGGGCAACCACAUGCUCCACAAGUGCCCUUCAUGGCUCGCGUUUGUCGAAGGGAAUGCCAAGUCGCACACGAUCGACAUCAAAGGCCACACAUUUGAGUACUACGACUGGUGGGGAGGUGGUUUGCAGAAAAGUGGAGAGUUUCCGUUGACCCUGGACGUCCCAGCCAAGAUUGUGUGGGCGCCGCACUACUACAGCCCGUCCGUGUACCCGCAGACGUUCCUUGUGAAGAAUGCCACGCGCGGCAACGAUGUCUUGAUAUCGUACUCGGAAUGGAGUGACGAUGAACUCAACGACAUUGUGCAUGCGACGUCGGAAGAUAUGUUUGGGUACCUCCGGCAUGUCCAGGACGGCGCGAUCGUGUUUGGAGAGUUCGGGGGCCUGUACGCGCUCGAUGCGCACCCGAACAAAACAUCGCAACGCGUGAUUCAAGAUUGCAUGAAAGUGAUGAAAGAGCCCGGGUAUGCCGGCGGAUACAUGUGGUCGCUCAACCCCGAGAGCGGGUACGGAUUCAACCCCAGCAGCACGGCCGGGUACUGGGAAGAAGGACUGCUCAAGGCCGACUGGGUCACGGCCAACAUGGCUUACCUGAACGCGCUCCAGGUCCUCGACGACAUGCCGCACCUGCAUCCGUUUCCGUGUUUUUCUCCGUGAUCGAUCACGCAUGCACUUGAAUGCAUUUCUCAACCCCA